AUGGCGCCGGCCUCAGAGUCUCAGCAAGGCUCGGCGCCCUCAGCGGUGCCAAGUCAUCCCAAGGGCCCCAGGCGUGUGUCCGGUCCACGCUCCCUCGCUGUGCCCUCACGAAACGUCACUGGCCGCGGUGCAGACGACGAAACGGACAACGCCUCCGCAACCCGACCAGGUGUCCUCCCAAGCUUGGCAAACCAGUCAGAUUCUCUGCUGGAUCAGUUACUCGGCGAGGAGGACUCGUUCAAGGUCGGCCCAGAGCGUACUCCUCCUUACACCGCCUCGUCGCUGCCAACGGACCCUGGCACCGGCGGUGAUGGCAUCCAAUAUCAUCCCGAGACCAUGUCGCAGCUCACUACUGGAAAGUUGUUCAGCGACAUGGGCCAUGAGGAGGCUGAGAAAGCCAAGGAGGCUACGGGACGCAGGCGGACCGCUAUUCCUUCGCAGACGAUCCGCGACCUGGAGGCAACGGUCCGCGACCUCGACGCAAUGCACGAGGAGCCCAUUGCCGCUGCUCGGGUCGAUGCUUUUACCCCGCGUACAUUGGCGUCUGUUCCCGAGUCACAAAACCCACCAGUGAUUGAAACGGGUGUGCCAAACGCAGUACCAAUGAUAUUCAGCGGUGGACCGCUUGUGGGCUCGCCGCAGGUCAUGCUGGACUCGGAGUCAUCUAUCGAACGAAACACCGAGUCCAAGAACUCGACGAUGACUUCCAAAUCGCGCUCCAAGGGACCGAGGUUGAGUGUCAACACUACAUUGGCACCACCGUCCCGGCCGCAGACUCCGCCGCCCAUCUCACCGGGUAUGAAGCGCUGGCAGCAAGUGCGCGAGCACGUCAUGCAACCCACACCCGUCGAUGAGCGCCAAGCAACCGGCUCUGGGUCUGCCGCUCGUGGAGGUCCUCCAAAGAAGCUCGGUAUCGUCUCCAAGGCUGCAAAACAAUUCGGCUUCCGCAACGCUGUUGAAAACGUGAUGGGAUACGACCGCACACGCAUGUCCACCAUCGGCAUGUUUGGCUUUGCCGUCGAUCUCUCCCCCGAGGAGCGCGAGGAAGCGUCCCGCGAGCGUCGUCGGUUUGCCCGCGAUGUUAAAGCAUGCCUCGACUUCUGCGCGUUGGAAGAAACAAACCGUCGUUUGAGGCAAAUGGCUCAGGUGUCCGGUACCAAUGACAUGGCACCUCCGCAGUCCAGCAAGGCGCGGUCCGCACACCAUCUUCAUCUCGACAGAGGCCACCAAAGAGACCACCAUGCUCCAUCUGUCGACACCGGUCCCGUUUUCUCUGCAUUUGCUCCUCUUCUCACCGAGCUCCACAAACAUCUCCCCGAUGCUCGAGCAAAGCGCGUGUGGUCUCGCACUUGUCCACACCAUGCCGCCAUCCUAGCCGAGCUUGGUGUCACCUUCCUCCCCGAUUCGGCGUCCACGGAUGGUGAACGCGCGCAGGCUUUGGAAGUGUUUGGAACAGUAGUUCGAAACUGGGCAAGCGACAGCUCUGAUGAAGAGCUUGACCCUUUGCGGAACCGUGGCCUCGACCUUCUGUCUGCCGUUCUGAGGCGCAACCCUGCCCUCCCGGAGAGCUUUGCGCGUCCCCCAACCGCAACCGAUUUUGAGUCACUCACCAUCGCCCUCAUCAAGCUUCUUCACGCUUUGGAGAACGCGCCCUACCCCAGCGAACAACAAGCUGGGCUCCUGAGCGAUCUCAUUCGCGAUGUGAGCCAGGGUGAAAUUGUGCGAGUCGAUCCCAGUUUCUUGGAGGACACUGCGGCUGAUAUUGGAUCGGACUCGCCAAAUCGGUACGGUAUCGAGCGUGAGCUGCUCUGGAUGGCAGCGGGACGCGCAGUCAACGUUGAGCCCAAUGUGACUGCUUGGCUGUUGAACAACAAUGCCGAAGUUUUGAAGCGCUUUGCCCCCACGCCAAUCUUGCAUGCUACUCCCCCUGUCGUCUUGCGGCUGCGAGUAGACUCGGCAAUCCAGUUCUUUGGGUCUUUCUCCUCAAUCAUCAGGACCACGUCGAAUCCCGACAUUAUUCCCUCAGUCGCCGAUGUGGUCGACUUCAUCUUCAACGAGAGUGAACCUCUGCCCGACGAGCAAGGUAAUCUUGUCAGCGCGUACGUGACAGUCCUCAUCGACCUGACCCUCAAGCGCUAUCGCUCCGAGGUGGACCCCCACGACCCGUUCGCGACCUCGAUGGCGAGAAGCAGCUCCGCAGCCCAGCGUAUGCGUCUUCUCAACCUGCUCAAGACUGGUCCAAAGGACGCCAUGGACCGUUCGGCUCAACAGCUCGUCGGAUCAUAUCCCUUGUCCCAGGUCAUGGAGGCCGUCCGGAACUUCCUGGACUCGGACCUGGCUAUCCUUGGCCAGAAAUGUGUUCCGCUCUUGCUCAAGCGUCUCACAUUGAUGUCUUCGGCGAACCCGGACGUGAAGCACUUUCUCGUCUGGCUGGCGGCACGUCAUCCUCAGCUCUUCUACAAGCCGCUUUUCGCUUGUGCUGCUGCCACGCAACCCUCGUCCUUGGCAAGCGGCCUACAGACCAUUACGGCCCUCUCCGAGCUCUUGGGACCGACACGCUACUGGACUCAAGUGGAUCCCCAAAUGGUUGCUAUUGUCCUCAUGGGCGAUGUUGGGCCACGCCAGGCCAAGGGAAAGGCGAAAGAAGGGUCGCCAAACGUCGUUACUGUCAAAUUGGGACGUUACGCCAUGCUCGUCGAGCUCAUCCUCGCCCUGGGCAAAAUUGUCCAUGUGUCGCCUGAAUUACGCACCUUUCUCACUACUCUUGAGUCCCGACUGGGCUCAUUGCUCGAAGUUGAGGAGAAAGAAGGUACACUGCCUGUCAGUUACCGGUCGCUCGUGUGUCAGGCGCUCAAACGCCUGCGUGACGCGUCGUCGUGGACACAGAGAACUGCAACCACGCGCCUCGGAGUCUCGUGGUAUAAAGGAAACCCAGUGGAUCUACCCACGGCCUCCGAGUACGUUGAUAUCCAGCAGCUCGGUACCCUGCGCGGCAUCUAUGACACUCUGGACAAAACGUUGGCAAAGCCACGUCUAGAUAUGGUCAACAUUCCGUUGAUUACCUCGCUCUCGUCACUCCUUGUCACCAUUCAGAUCAGCCUCACGCCUGACGACUGGACCAUCCUCUUGCCCAUCGUCUGGGAACGCUAUGGCCAGCCAGACGAGCCCAUCGCUCCCAUGACAUUCCUCAUGGCCAAAUGUGCAGAACAGGUCCCGGAAUCCUUCCGCCUGUUGGUCACCACCGACCUCGCCCUGAAUGGACCACAACGAUGCAAGGCCCUCCUGAAGCUCGCCAUGAUGUACGGCUAUCGCUUCCAGAUUCUCAACCAGGAUAGCAUCACGGACCGCCGCGGCGCCGUGUUCAAGUUUGCAGGCAAACAACUGGAGUUUAUUCUCACCGAGGUCGGCUCUGCCGAAUGGGUUGUGCCCCGUGACGCACAGGAUGCGGCGCUGCAAAAGUAUGGCCGUGGCCUUCCUCUGGAGCUCCGUCAACGUCUCCUCGAACUUGGUUGGAGCGAGGACGACACAAUGAAGUCGUCAGAUUACGAGCGCAUUCCCGUGACACUGCUCCCCCCUGCAACGUCAACAGAGCAUGCCGAUCAGCGGGACCGCGCACCGUCGCCUAGUCCGUCACCCACGCCAUCCCCUGCUGCCAAGGGCCGGCCUGUGACGCUUUCCCGUACUGUGUCAAACAGCUCGAUGCAGUCAAUCACCAACAAGACUCGCCGUGCUGUGCUCCCGCCCAUCGUCACUGCUCUCAUCAACGAGCAGGCUCGAUUGCUAUUGGAUUCGGACGAUGUGGCGACCGAUUCCAUGUCAUACGAACUUAUCCGCAUGCUCGAACGUGAGGACCCGACACUGUUCGCGCGUCCCGUGACGGAGAACUUUCCGUUCGACUUGCCCUCGUCUCUUGCUCGUUUGAACGCAGUGGUAACCGCACCGACGCCUAGCUUUGCCUAUGUGGCGAUCAACUCCUUGAUCGGUUUCUUGAAGAUGAUGGUCCGAAACGACCCGGUGUACCCCCAGUGGUCGCUAGUGCUGAGCACAAUCUCGCGCAUCAUCCCGCAUGUCUCUGAGCUUUCUCUCCGCGACAUUCGCAAGUCAAAGGCAGAGUAUGUCCUUCUCCCAGGUGCGAUCCACGAGGACGACUCGGGUUUUAAGCUCCACACACCCUGGCAGCAGGACAUUCUCGACGUCCAGACCGCGCAGCUUGUCAUCCUCACGGGCGUGCUGCGCGCCAACCCCCGCGAUGUCUACUUGAUUAAAAAGAUGCUGUUCAACCUCCAGGUCCAAGCUUCGUUCACCCACCUGCCAUUUGCUCGGGCGUGGCUUGAGCUCGCCGUUGUCCUCUUCUCGGGUCUCAACUCGAACUAUAACGAUCGCGCCGAGUUGCGUCACUUCUUAAACAACAUCUCGUCGGUCCUCGCGCUCCACGGUACGACCGACAUUGUGGUUGCGGCGCUGUCCAUGCGGGCGCUUUCCAUCUGCUCAACACGGUUCCGUCGUGUACUGGCGUCCAUCGGUUUCGUGCCCACCAUGCGUGUCGUUUACGAUACGUACGUCAACUGCCACCGCGGUAUCAAGGACGCCAUUGAGUACGCAUGCCGCUCGUUCUACCGCAUUCACCAAGACGUGUUUGUGUACCAGCUCAGCUUGGCCAUUGCCGAUAACCCCUUUGAUUCAGCUGCGGCAUACGACCUCCUCGUUUCACUCUCGGUCGACAACAACUCGCAGUCGGGUGUUCCUUCCGGAAUCCGCGGCCUCAAUGACAGGCAAGAGAUUGAAACGCUUGUGCACAUGGUCAGCGGUGGUGCCGAAGUCACGUUCUCCGAACUCGGAACGCGCGCCGAGGAACGCCGCGCCAACAAGAUUGCAACUCUCAGUCUUGAGUUGACUGUCUUCCCGCGCGAGAAUAUUAUCCGCCUAUUUGUGACUGUCAUCGCCGUCAAUGCCGCCUCCGCCCGCUCCAUCAAGCUCAUGAGACUGUUUGCUCGCCUUGUGCCUCUCAUGACGGACCCCAAGAGCCAAGAACUGCUUCCCGAUGCGAUUGACGCCAUUGGACGCUUUGUCCACAAGGGCCGCGCUGGUGACGACGCAGCGAUGCUUCGCUUCCUUCCUGGCGAGGAGAAUGGUGUGCCAGACUGGACCGGUGCAAACCGCGAAUAUGUGUUCCUGGUCGACGCAUUUUCACGCUGCGGUGGACGACUCAGUGUCCAUGUCACGCGCCGCAUGCUCGACAUUGUCAUGUCGCUGUUACAGGACGACCCGAAGUCUAUUGGUCCAACCGCGUCAAGUAUCUUGGGAUCUCUGGCACGCACGCAUCUCGCGUCGCGGCACCCUACCGAUUUCCUGCGCGACAUCGCAUCAGCGUAUAGGCAGCACAUGGCGACGAUCGACUUCAGCGGUGUGCUGGACGCGAUUGCUGAACUCAUUCGCCGCUCGCACUAUCAACUGAGCCCCGAAAUGACCGCCAUCGUUGUGAACGAGUAUGUCGACCCGGCUAUUCGCAUGCUGGCACUGGCGUCAGAGGAGAGUAUGGCGUUCAUUGUCCCUCUCCGGACUGCUGCGGUGGAACUGCUUGCUACAACCAUCUUCCUGCGCGGAAGUGAUGCCUUCAAGGUCGUGGAAGACGUGGUUUGUACGCCUGGUCUCCUGGCCUCGGUGAUUCUCCCCCUCUCUCUCAUGGUCGACAGGCCGCAGGACGUCAACCGCGACGACGAGUACGCGAAUCUCUGGCCUCGCCUGCUGCGUUGCGUCCUCAAGCCGAAGAAGGGUCCACGCGGACACACCAAGGAGAAGGCCGACACUCUUGCUGCCACCGCUGUGCUUUCUCUUCAAACCGUCAAGGUCAUCGUCGUCCGCGCGCCAGAGUGUAUUUCUGGUGUCCGUGGGCUGUGGACGUACAUUUCGAGCACCUUGCUUGGGUCCCUCACCGACGGCAACGGGCGAUUCUUUGAACCGACUGGUGGUGCGCCGGCUGUCCCCCGCGUGGUCGACUGGAUGAUGUGGUCCCUCUUUGAGCUCCUGGUCCUUCAUCGCACCACGCUCAAUGUCGACUUUAGGCUCCGAAUCCAGACGACCCUCUCCAAGAUGAACUCGGCCGGCGGUGACGGAGAGCGCUCACGUCCAUCGUCCAUCGCUAGCUCUAUCAGCCACGGAGGACAACGAGCUGGACUGUUCGGCGCGUCACCUGUCCGUUCCCUUUCAGGCUUUGUGCGCCGACCCUCAGCCCGUGUGCCCCCGGCACUCCACAGUCCGACCCAUCUCACUAUCGCUGAACCCGUGACGCCAUCCCACAGUCGCUCGCCCAGUGCGUCGCACAACCGUACACCCAGUGCGUCACACACUCGCACACCCAGCGCGUCGGGCACCCCACGUCUCGCUGGCGUUACUCCCUCACCACGUCUCAGCAGCAACCCACCGAGCCCACGCUUGGGCGCCCAUGCACGCAUCCGGAGUAUCAGCAACACCAACGCAGGUGGUAUGUCGUCGCUGAUCCGGCCCUCGUUCGCCACCCUUUCAGCCCGUCGAGCAAGCCGACCCGUCUUUGAAGUGUUUGCCGGAGGCUCUCGUAGCAACAGGUUCCCGUCGUCAGCUCCCGUUCGCAACCUUGGGGGUGGCGAAAAGAGCGCGAUUGUCCAUCUCCUCGGCCCCGCGACUCAAGUGGUUUCCGCCACCAGCGCCAACAUCUCUGUCACGUCCACCGUCGACCCUACCCGAAACGCCAUCCGUGACCUGCGUAUCAACACCGACUCUCUCGUACAUGGCGCUCGCACGGCCGUGUCUACUACCAUGGCAGUGUACGGCUACGAGCCUGAUACCGACGACAUGCUGCAUGUGUGGGGAGUCACAGAUGCUUUGACCAAAACCCUCGUCGAGGAAGAAUUCCACGACGUGUUCAACCCCCCACACGACAAUGCGAGCGUGGCCCACUUUGCCUCGGCUGUUGACUUGAGCGAAAAGCUCAUGGACGACGACGAAAAGUCGAUGCGGUCCAUUGGCAAACACUCUAAACGUUCGUCGUAUGGUGAUUCCGACGAUGAGCCGUCGUUCCAGUUUACACUGCAGCACUCGUACGAACAGCCGUCGUUUGAGUUCCACGACGCAACGACAAAGGGAAGGACGCACGACGACGUGGUACCGGUGCCCAUCUUGUCCAUUUCCCCUGCUGCCUAA